AUUGAUUGUGCUGUUCAUUUAUUAACGUUGUAGAUUUUAUUUCAGGUGAGUUCAGAAGACAAUGACAAAUUGUUAAAAUCCAACUAAUCGUGUGAAUGUAAGAAUUAGUUUAUAACCUUGAUUCCUCAUCACAUCUCUGCCAACACUGUAAAACUUUGACAAUGCUGGUUCAGUGAUUACUGCAUUGUUGCAUAAUGAUGUUAUUCUCUGUUUAUCUUUGUUUCAGUGAUACCUGAACUCACACUGGUGUUAAUUGGUGAUACAAACUCCACUGAGAUUGGAUCAAAAAACAUCUUGCUUGACCAUGACUGGCAUACAAGUCUGUUUUCACACAAACUGUAUGAUCUGUGUGGUCGGCACAUUUCUGUCAUUAACAUGCUUGGGCAACAAAACAUUGACAAAUUCCCAUUAAAUCAGGGAAUUCACGCCUUUCUCUUACUGUUACCAAAUGGUCUGCAUACAAGCCAUUACAGUUCAGGAGUGCAGUGGUUAGAAAAGGCUUUCGGGAAACGAUCACUUGCUUAUUUAAUCACAGUUGUGACUCACGAGUCAGACGAAAAAUGUGAACGUGCAUUGAAAGAUCUGAAAGCCAACAGCAGUUUUGUUGAAAAAAGAUACCACACAUGUACAAGAAGUAUGACAGAUGUAAAAGAGAUAAUAGCUCUGCUGAAAAAAAUAGACAUCAUGGUCUCUGAAAAUGAGUACCACUGCUACAGUGGUCUGUGUGAUGAAGAUAAAGAGCAGAACGAACCCCUGGACCACAAAUCCCAAACAGAAGGAAGGAUCAACACCUCCGUGUUUCAGCAAAAUCAAAUAGACGAGGAGGAGACUGCAGCUAACACAGAGAUAAAGUGUGAUCCAGUGAGUGGUGCUAAACACUCAGACAAGGACGAUGACAGCACAAGAGUGGGAGGAGACUCUGAAACCACUCCUGUAAUAUCAUCUGCAAACAACAAGAAAGGAGAGACUGAUGAAGUUAAAGAGGUCAACAAUGAAAGCAGCAGUAACAUGACUGAACGUUCUAUGGAGGAGAGUGAUGCAGUGAAGGACACAAGUCCAUCAUCUCAGACUGUUUCAGCAGAGACCAAAGAAGUAUUGCAGCAGGAGGAGAGUACAACUAAAUCAGAGAUGAAGUGUGAUUCAGUGAGUGGUGCUAAACACUCAGACAAGGACGAUGACAGCACAAGAGUGGGAGGAGAAUCUGAAACCACUCCUGUAAUAUCAUCUGCAGACAACAAGAAAGGAGAGACUGAUGAAGUUAAAGAGGUCAACAAUGAAAGCAGCAGUAACAUGACUGAGCAUUCUAUGGAGGAGAGUGAUGCAGUGGAGGACACAAGUCCAUCAUCUCAGACUGUUUCAACAGUGACUAGAGAAGUAUACGAGAGGGAAGAGAAGGCAGCUAAAUCAGAGUGUGAUUCAGUAAGUGGUGCUAAACACUCAGACAAGGACGAUGACAGCACAAGAGUGGGAGGAGAAUCUGAAAUCACUUCUGUAAUACCAUCUGCAACCGACAAAAAAGGAGAGACUGAUGAAGGUAAAGAGGUCAACAAUGAAAGCAGCAGUAACAUGACUGAGCGGUCUAUGGAGGAGAGUGAUGCAGUGAAGGACACAAGUCCAUCAUCUCAGACUGUUUCAGAAGGGACCAAACAGUUAGACGAGCGGGAGGAGAGUGCAGCUAAAUCAGAGGUAAAGUGUGAUCCAGGGAAUGAACCUGAUGAUGAUGCUGAUGAUGAUAAGCACUCAAAAAAUAAUGACCAUGCAUCAGUAGGAGAAUGUGAAAUCAAGCCUGUACGAUCGGCAACCACUGAGAAAGGUACUUUAGAUACGGAUAUGAGUGUAAACAAGAAUAAGCAGUCAGCGAAUAGCUUUGAAGAGAUCAACAAGAAGAAACAACAUCAAAGAGAAACUGAAACACUGCUUGGCAGACUUCACCUUCAAGAUAAACAUCAACAGAAAUUGUCACCAGCAGAUUUUCUUAAAGUACGUUCACCUGUAAAACAGGACCAUGAAACAUCUGAGAAAGAACUUGCUCAAACUUUUCUUCAGAGGUUGAUGAUAUUAGACUACAGGGCCAGAUAUAUUCCUGUAAGACAGGAUAAUGAUAAGGUGACCCAUUCAAAGCCAAUUCUAAAGUUGGACAGUGUUACAGAUGACAACAUUUUAAAAGCUCUUUUUAGCACCAGCGUAGACUUUGAUCAAUCAAAACAGACUGACGUGCAUCCAAUGGAUGUUCAAAUGUCAGUAUAUCACUGCUCAGACAGCUUUUUGAAGCAGAACAUGAUUACAAAGCUAUCACAAUGUCAGUAUGCCUUACCUUUGCUUGUUCCUGACCCAGUCACAAUGGAUAUUGAAUGUCCUCUCUGGACGUUCAGACAAAUAAGAAAAACAUGGAAGGUAAAUGAAAUCAAAUAUAAUUCAAACAUUGUCACCAUGAAGAGCAUGCCCAUCUGCAAAGCUGAGACACCCAUGGUGUCAUUUCUCCGCCUGGGUUCACUAUCUCUGUCUAAGUCACAGCUGAUUAACACUUUGAUCAACGACCGUCACAGCACCUUCUUCCACAGAAACUGCCCAGGUAGCACCAAGUCUCGCCAUUUGAUGGAUGGUGUGGCAGAGAUUGCCUGGUACUGCCCUGCUGGAAAACCCAAUGAUACCUUCACUGACUGCAUUGCCUUCUGUAAUCUUCAUUGUGAUGCUCUGACAAAUGAAAAACAGUGUGACAUACUGACUGAGAAAUCUUCAAUCAAUGUGGUUCUUGUACCAACUUUGGGAAAAGGUGACAAAAGUACCACAGUUAUCUCAGCCCUUUGCAAGUCUCCAAAGCCUCUCAUAAUUCUCAUUGCUGAUAAAGAUGGUGGUGCAGUUGAGUUGGUUGAGGGAAAAUACAAAAUGGGUCUUCAAGACAGAAGUCAGUCAGAUGUGUCUGAAGAACUGAAAAAAAUCAUUGGAAGAAUUUUGUCUGGACCACAUGCAUCUUUCCAGCUAGAAACCAUGGCUGAAGUCUCUGGAAUCAGAGUGGAUGAAGAUGAUGAAGUUUGCCAAAAAGGAAAAUCUGCUGCAAUGAAAAUUGUGAACUUGCUUCAGGGGUUGGAUGUGUCAAAGAUCAAAGAUACAUUUCUCCCUUGUCAAGGCCAACUGUGGCACAAGUGGUGCAGAAUAAACAAAGAACUGUAUCACCUCAAAGGACACAUUGAGAAGGAGAAGGGUAAAAAGCAACAGGAACUGAUGCAAACACAACAAGAUCAAUGCAUUGCUUCCUGUAGUAAACCGAUGAAGUUGUUCAUUAAAACCCUCUCAUCGUCGCCAUCAACAGAAAGAGAGUAUUUCCUGACAUGGACUCAGAUCUUGAUUGAUGCCCUCUCCACAGAUGAUCUCUGUUUAAUUCUACAAAGCUAUGAUGAAAAGUGGUCUGAGGUCUUGGCUUUGAAAAAGAAGCAUGACAGAUCUGAUCAGUUAAAAAGAAAGCAAACUGAGCUUGAACACAUAUCAACAAAACUACAGUCAGCAACUUUUGGCUUGGAGCACAUCCUAAGAGAAAUGGGACAGAUCUAUGAAGCCCAUGCAUCUCUGCAGAAACAAACAACGAGGGGACAAACUGACUGGUCUAAAUACCCUGAGCUGGCUGCAGAGCUGAUGAUAUCAGGACACCCAAUGGAGCUGAUGGAUGGUGAUGCAGGUCAUGUGCCUUUAACGUGGAUCUCUAGUCUUUUAGAUGAAGUCAUCAAGAAACUGGGCGACAAGAGAGUUUUUGUUUUGUCAGUGCUGGGUGUACAAAGCAGUGGAAAAUCAACAAUGCUGAAUGCCAUGUUUGGGUUACAGUUUGCAGUGAGUGCUGGCAGGUGCACCAAGGGUGCCUUCAUGCAGCUGGUCAAAGUUUCAGAUGAGAUCAAGAAAGACUUUCACUUUGACUACAUUCUAGUGGUGGACACUGAAGGACUGCGCGCUCUUGAGUUGGAGGGUAAUGCCACUCUUCACCACGACAAUGAACUGGCAACGUUUGUUGUUGGUCUGGGAAACAUGACACUAAUCAACAUCUUUGGAGAAAAUCCAUCUGAAAUGCAAGAUGUUCUGCAGAUUGUUGUUCAGGCUUUCAUGAGGAUGAAGAAAGUUCAACUUACUCCAAGUUGUGUGUUUGUUCACCAGAAUGUUACAGAUAUUACAGCUGCAGAGAAGAACAUGCAUGGAAAAAGACAGCUGCAAGAAAAACUGGACAAGAUGGCUCAACUAGCAGCCAAAGAGGAGGUUUGUGAUGCUGAGUGCUUCAGUGACAUCAUUGCAUUUGAUGUGCAGAAAGACGUGAAAUACUUUGCCCAACUAUGGGAGGGAAGUCCACCUAUGGCUCCUCCAAAUCCAGGUUACAGUGAGAGCGUCCAAGAGCUGAAGACCAUCAUCCUCUCUAAAGCUUCACAGUCAGCUGGAAUUACUCUCUCACAGUUCAAAAGCAAAAUUCAGGACCUGUGGAAUGCCCUGAUGAAUGAACAGUUUGUUUUCAGUUUCAAAAACACACUUGAAAUUGCUGUGUACAGAAAACUUGAGGUUCAGUAUGGGAACUGGACCUGGGCCCUCAGGAGCAACAUGUUGACUAUCGAGAAUGGGCUUUACACCAGAAUUGAAAAUGGAAAACUUGACAAGGUUGAGCUCAGUUAUCUUCAUAAGGAAAUGAACGCAACGUACGGAGAAAUAAAAAAAGCAAUGACAAUAUACUUUGAUGAUGAAAGAGACAAAGAAAUACUGGUUCAGUGGCGAGGACGAUUCGAAAGCAAAAUCAAGGAGUUUCAUGAUGACCAAGUGAGAGGAGUCAAAAGAAAACUGGAUGAAGUAAUUGAGCAGAAAAAUGCUUGUAAAAAGCUUGAUGAUAAGAAGACAGAGUUUGAGAACAAACUGCUACAAAAGAGCAAAAAGCUUGCUCAUCAGUUAAAGGACAAGGCAAAAGAUGAAGAGGAACUUAAAAAGCAGUUCAACUCUGUUUGGAGUGGUUGGGUUCGUGAGGUAACUGCAGGUACAAAACCUAUUGAGGACAUCAGCUAUGAAGGAGAUCUGACAAUUAUCCUUCAGGAGCUUGGUUUUGAAUGGUCUCUUAUCGCUGAAUCUGAAAGCAGUGGCAGGUACAAACAAAUAGCAGAGGUGGGUGAUUACAUUCAUUAUGUGGCUCUCAGCAAGGACAGGGAUAAAGAAAAUUGUUCUAGUCCUGCAAACAGAUUCUUUGAAUUUGUUUCGGAAACAACUACAAAAGCAGAAUAUUACCUUAAGGGGUAUUUUCAGUAUGAAGAACAGAAACUGAUCAGAUCCCUCAUUGACAGCAUUGAAAAACAGUCCCUUGAUGCAAUCAAGGGCAAACCUGUCGCUACAAGAGGCUACAGUCCAAUUUACUUGCAAGAAGUGGCCAACAAUGUCAAAGAAAAUGUGACAAAAUUUGAAUCAAAGAGGAAAUAUGCUCUAAAGAAGGAGUUUACAGUUGAUCUUUUACUGUAUGUGUUUGACAAGGCAGGAAGAUGGCUUUCAGAGUCCCAUAAGAAAUUCAAAAUGGACAAUGAUGCAGUCACUUAUGUAGAAAGCAAGAAAAUGCAAUAUUACAACAUUUUCAGAAGCUUCUGCAGAGGAAGCUCAUCUGCUGUUGUGUUUGGAGAACUGAUCUGUGAGAAACUGAGUAGUUCCACUGUUGAGGCUGUCUGUAACAAGACUGCUAUUGAUCUUGCUGGAGAGAUGAAGUGCAGUUUCCCAGCAUUCAGUGGGAACAGGUUGAACUUGGAGAAACACGUGCUGAAAUCACUGGCUGAGAAAGAGGACUUUGGUGGUUUUAUCACCUACAUCCGACACCCAAGGAGCCAAGCAGAGACCUUUAUAAGAGAGGAAGUACAGAAAUACAUCUUCACAGACAACAAAAUUAAAGCACAGAAAAUACUAAAAAAAAAUGCUGAAGACAUCAGUAAGCUUGUGAGUCGAGCUUUAUUCACUGCAACAGAGAAAGUCAAAAUCAAGAGAGGAGGCUCAGACAUGUGGAUAAAGGAGUUUUCCAGUUUGCUAAAAGAUGAGCUAACAUUUGACACCAUUUGCUCUCAGAACUUCAGUGACAUAAACAAUUUUGACUUCCUUAAAGAAGAGACAGAGAAAGGCCUUGUAUCUGUCAUAAAGGAAGUGAGCAGCCUCUCGCUGGACAAGAUGGAGGAAUUCAGGCUGAAACCCGAUCAAAUUCUCAUCGAUCAACUGUGCAACUGCUGCUGGGUAACAUGUCCUUUCUGUGCAGCUGUUUGUACCAACACGCUGCAAAAUCACAGUCCCAAUGACCACAGCGUUCCUUUUCAUCGAUCUCCUGCAGUCAAUGGUAUGCACGUAAAAAACUCAGUGGAAAUGGUUGUUGAGUUCUGCACAACAAAUGUUGCAAGUGAUUUAAGCUUUUACCCAGAUCAAGUUUCAGAAGAGCUUAUUCCCUACAAGAAGUACCGUACUGCUGGCCUCUAUUAUGCAAACUGGAGAAUCACCCCUGAUGAGUCCAAGCUGAAAUAUUGGACAUGGUUUGUGUGCAAAUUUCAGAAUCAACUGGAGGACUACUAUAAAUUAAAAUUCCAAGGCAUUGGUGAAAUUCCCAGCGAGUGGAGAACACACUCCAAGGAAGACGCCAUUAAAAGUCUGGAUGAAAUGUUCAAUCUGUGAGCCAACACCACCACAACCCUGCUGAAAGUCAUGAUAAUGGACAUCAACAGUCAUAAAUCAAAUGCUUAGUUGCUUAGUUAGUGUUUCUGAAAAUGAAAACUGCUUCUGUGAAGGUUAAGCAGAACACCAUAUAUGUUUUUUUAAAGAGAGAGAGCAAGGACUGAUGAAAUUCUAAAACUGUUGCAUUUCAAAAUACACAAAAUUUGAAGUUCUCAAGUGUUCUCAAAUGAACACUGAAAAAUUUGUGAAAGAGUGGGUGAAAGACAACUAUUAUGUUGUAACUAAUGGAAGGAAUAUUUCUUUGCUAAACUGUAUUAUUAUCUACUUGUAAACUGCAUCUGAAAAUUACGUCAAACAAGUGUUGUCAGUAUUUACACACGUCUUUUUAUAGGAAUUAUUGUGUUAAAAUGCUCAUGGUGCUCGUAGCUGCCAAAAUAUAAUGAAGGAUAUGCAUAAUGAAGUAUAACCUAACAGUGACUGAUGUGAAACUGUAUUAUCAUGUAAUGAUGAAAGCCUGGAGAGGUAGUAGGCUUCUGUUUAUAAGCAUGUGCCUGUGUGUGACAAAGAAUGAUAUACAAGUAUAAUUUGCAAUGUAACCAGUUCUUCCAUCUCAAAAGCGUCUUCUUCAGACACACAUGGAAGCUUUUGUUUGCAAGCAAUAAGUAAUCCUUAUGAAUAAGCUGCCUGUCAUUGAAAUUAAUUAAAUUAAUUGCCAGCUUUUAUUGUCAUCGAGGACCACGAUGGAAAUAAGCCUUUGGACUUUAUUGUGUAUUUUAAUCCUCAACAAUUUUUAAUUAAUGUAUAUGAAACUGAUCUGCAGUUACUCAUGUAUGUUUUUUUAAAUGUUGUCAAAUAUACCUACCUACCUACCUACCUAAUAAGGGUUAAAGACAGAUAUUGUGUUUCAGUAUUGAUUGCUCUUCAUUUCACCCUAAGUAGAUGCAACAUGUUUUCGGUUUGCCAGUCUGUUUGACAGUCUCUACAUUUCAGAUUUAGUCAUGUUGAAGAAUAUUUCAAAAAUAACUGAUAAGGACUCUUUGUGUUUCUGAAGCAUUUGAAGUGUUAAGAUGUGUUAUGUUCAUUUUAUUUCAACCAAUCUGUAUUACAUCCACACCUGUAUGAGUUGUUUUUUAUUAUAUUCUUGCUUUGUUCUUAAUAUCCUGAUAUCCAGAAGUGAUGUAAACAAUGUUAAGUUGUUGAAAAGACAUCUGCUGAGUUUCACAUCUCAUGUACUAAAUAAAUAACUACUUCAUAUCUA